AAACUUUUCACAGCUGACUUGAUCUAGCACUCUCCGCGCUGACCUCUCAGUCCUUCAGCACUUCAAAGGUUAAUUUUGUUGGCAGAUCGAAUUUCUUUGCUGGGCUGGGGAAGGGUGAGCCUCUGCUAGCUGGUUCUUCUGUAGCCGAGUUGCUGGGUGCCCGGGACUCCCUGGCCCGGCGUGUGCUGGCUCCGCCGCAGGAGGAGUCGCCGUCCCCAGAGGCUCAUUCAGCUCCUUUGUCCGCUGUGUGCUCCCGGGACCGCAAUGUAGUGCCAUGCUCUGGCCUAGGAACCUGACCAGCUGGGAUGACAGCAGCUCCGUCAGCAGUGGCAUUAGCGACACCAUAGACAACCUCAGCACGGAUGACAUCAACACCAGCUCCUCCAUCAGCUCCUAUGCCAACACACCUGCCUCCUCCCGAAAAAACCUGGAUGUGCAGACUGACGCUGAGAAGCACUCACAGGUGGAGAGGAAUUCCCUGUGGUCUGGUGAUGACAUCAAGAAAUCAGAUGGAGGGUCAGACAGCGGCAUAAAGAUGGAGCCAGGAUCCAAGUGGAGGCGGAAUCCUUCUGACGUGUCAGAUGAGUCUGACAAAAGCACAUCGGGCAAGAAGAAUCCUGUCAUCUCCCAGACAGGCUCCUGGCGGCGAGGCAUGACAGCCCAGGUGGGCAUCACUAUGCCAAGGACAAAGCCAGCUGCCCCAGGAGGCACACUGAAGACCUCGGGAACUGGAAAAACUGAUGAUGCGAAGGUGUCUGAGAAGGGAAGGCUUUCCCCGAAAGCUUCCCAGGUGAAGCGCUCCCCAUCAGAUGCAGGCCGCAGUAGCGGUGAUGAAUCCAAAAAGCCUCUUCCCAACAGCUCCAGAACAUCCACCACCAACACCAAUAGCUUUGGGUUCAAGAAACAGAGUGGCUCAGCAGCUGGGUUGGCCAUGAUCACAGCCAGUGGGGCCACUGUCACCAGCAGGUCAGCUACACUAGGAAAAAUCCCAAAGUCCUCUGCUCUAGUUGGCCGGUCUACAGGCCGAAAGACGAGCAUAGAUGGCACUCAGAACCAGGACGAUGGGUAUUUAUCUCUCAGCUCCCGGACAAACUUACAGUACCGUAGUUUGCCAAGGCCAAGUAAGUCCAACAGCCGAAAUGGGGCUGGAAACAGGUCUAGCACCAGCAGCAUAGAUUCCAACAUUAGCAGCAAGUCAGCAGGCCUGCCAGUGCCCAAGCUGAGGGAGCCUUCCAGAACAGCCCUCGGCAGUUCUCUGCCAGGUCUGGUCAACCAGACAGAUAAGGAGAAAGGGAUCUCAUCAGACAACGAGAGUGUUGCUUCUUGUAAUUCAGUGAAAGUGAACCCGGCUGCCCAGCCUCUGUCCAGCUCAACUCAGACCACUCUCCAACCAGGGACAAAGUACCCAGAUGUGGCCUCUCCCACACUACGCCGACUCUUUGGUGGGAAGCCUACCAAGCAAGUGCCCAUCGCCACAGCUGAAAACAUGAAAAAUUUGGUGGUCAUCUCCAAUCCUCAUGCCACCAUGACCCAGCAAGGUAACUUAGAGUCCCCCUCAGGCAGUGGUGUCCUGAGCAGUGGCAGCAGCAGUCCUCUCUACAGUAAGAAUGUGGACCUCAACCAGUCUCCUCUAGCCUCCAGCCCCAGCUCUGCCCACUCGGGCCCUUCCAACAGCCUUACCUGGGGCACCACUGCCAGCAGCUCAUCAGCAGUGAGCAAGGAUGGCCUGGGCUUCCAGUCUGUUAGCAGCCUGCACACCAGCUGCGAGUCCAUUGACAUCUCCCUCGGCAGUGGAGGAGGCCUGAGCCACAAUUCCUCCACUGGCCUGAUCGCCUCCUCAAAAGAUGACUCUCUGACGCCCUUUGUCCGAACCAACAGUGUGAAGACCACACUGUCGGAAAGUGACCCGCACCUUGAUAGGAACACUUUGCCUAAGAAAGGACUCAGGUAUACUCCCACCUCCCAGCUUCGCACACAGGAAGACGCAAAAGAAUGGUUACGGUCCCACUCUGCUGGAGGCCUACAGGACACAGCUGCCAAUUCUCCCUUUUCCUCUGGUUCCAGUGUAACUUCCCCCUCUGGGACAAGAUUCAACUUUUCCCAGCUUGCGAGUCCCACCACUGCCACCCAGAUGAGCCUGUCCAACCCAACCAUGCUGAGGACCCACAGUCUGUCCAAUGCUGAUGGGCAGUAUGACCCCUACACUGACAGCCGCUUCCGGAAUAGCUCUAUGUCUCUGGAUGAGAAAAGCAGAACCAUGAGCCGAUCAGGCUCCUUCAGGGAUGGAUUCGAAGAAGUUCAUGGAUCCUCACUGUCCCUGGUUUCCAGCACAUCGUCCAUUUAUUCUACACCAGAAGAAAAAUGCCAGUCAGAGAUUCGCAAACUGAGGCGGGAACUGGAUGCCUCCCAGGAGAAAGUUUCAGCCUUGACUACCCAGCUGACAGCAAAUGCUCACCUUGUAGCAGCCUUUGAGCAGAGUCUUGGAAACAUGACCAUCAGACUCCAGAGUUUAACCAUGACAGCUGAACAGAAGGAUUCAGAACUGAAUGAGUUAAGAAAAACCAUCGAGCUGCUAAAGAAACAGAAUGCAGCUGCUCAGGCUGCUAUUAAUGGAGUAAUUAAUACUCCUGAGCUCAACUGCAAAGGAAAUGGUCCUGCACAGUCUACAGACCUCCGCAUUCGUAGGCAGCAUUCCUCCGAUAGUGUCUCCAGCAUCAACAGUGCUACCAGCCACUCAAGCGUGGGCAGUAACAUAGAGAAUGAUUCAAAGAAAAAGAAGAGGAAGAACUGGUUGCGCAGCUCCUUCAAGCAAGCUUUUGGAAAGAAGAAGUCCCCCAAGUCUGCAUCCUCUCAUUCAGACAUCGAGGAGAUGACAGAUUCUUCUUUGCCUUCCUCUCCAAAGUUGCCACACAAUGGGUCCAUGAGCUCCACCCCUCUGUUGAGGAAUUCUCACUCCAAUUCAUUAAUUUCGGACUGCAUAGAUAGUGAAGCUGAGACAGUCAUGCAGCUGCGAAAUGAGCUCAGAGACAAGGAGAUGAAGCUGACAGACAUCCGCCUGGAAGCUCUCAGCUCUGCUCAUCAGCUUGACCAGCUCCGGGAGGCCAUGAACAGGAUGCAGAGUGAAAUAGAGAAGCUGAAAGCUGAAAACGACCGGCUGAAGUCAGAGUCUCAAGGCAGUGGCUGCAGCCGGGCUCCUUCGCAAGUGUCCAUCUCUGCCUCCCCAAGGCAGUCCAUGGGCCUCUCCCAGCACAGCCUGAACCUCACAGAGUCAACUAGCCUGGACAUGUUGCUGGAUGACACUGGUGAAUGCGCGGCUCGGAAGGAAGGAGGCAGGCAUGUUAAGAUAGUUGUCAGCUUUCAGGAGGAAAUGAAGUGGAAGGAGGACUCCAGACCACACCUCUUUCUUAUUGGCUGCAUUGGAGUUAGUGGCAAGACGAAGUGGGAUGUGCUGGAUGGGGUGGUUAGACGGCUCUUCAAAGAAUACAUCAUUCAUGUGGACCCUGUGAGUCAGCUGGGGCUGAAUUCGGACAGUGUUCUUGGCUACAGCAUUGGGGAACUCAAACGCAGCAAUGCUUCUGAGACCCCUGAGCUCCUUCCAUGCGGCUACCUGGUCGGGGAGAAUACUACUAUCUCUGUGACAGUCCGAGGGCUUGCAGAAAACAGCCUGGACUCACUGGUAUUUGAGUCUCUGAUCCCCAAGCCCAUCCUGCAGCGCUACGUCUCCCUGCUGAUAGAGCACCGACGUAUCAUUCUCUCUGGCCCCAGUGGCACUGGGAAAACCUACCUGGCUAACCGGCUAUCAGAAUACGUAGUGCUUCGAGAGGGACGGGAGUUGACUGAUGGAGUCAUCGCCACCUUUAAUGUGGACCAUAAAUCUAGCAAGGAAUUGCGCCAGUACCUGUCCAACCUUGCCGAUCAGUGCAAUAGCGAGAACAAUGCUGUGGACAUGCCCCUCAUCAUCAUCCUUGACAACCUACAUCAUGUCAGCUCUCUUGGAGAGAUCUUCAAUGGGCUACUCAACUGCAAGUACCAUAAAUGCCCUUAUAUCAUCGGCACAAUGAACCAGGCUACCUCUUCUACUCCCAACUUACAGCUUCAUCAUAACUUCAGGUGGGUGCUUUGUGCCAACCACACAGAGCCCGUGAAGGGUUUCCUUGGCCGCUUCCUGAGGAGGAAGCUCAUGGAAACGGAGAUCAGUGGGCGGGUGCGGAAUGUGGAGCUGGUGAAAAUCAUUGACUGGAUUCCCAAGGUCUGGCAUCACCUCAACCGCUUCCUGGAGGCUCACAGCUCCUCAGAUGUGACCAUCGGCCCCCGGCUCUUCCUCUCGUGCCCCAUUGAUGUGGAUGGCUCCAGAGUGUGGUUCACCGAUUUGUGGAACUACUCCAUCAUCCCCUAUCUUCUGGAAGCUGUCAGAGAAGGACUCCAGCUCUACGGAAGGCGUGCCCCCUGGGAGGAUCCUGCCAAGUGGGUGAUGGACACCUACCCAUGGGCAGCCAGCCCACAGCAGCAUGAAUGGCCUCCCCUGUUGCAGCUACGGCCUGAGGAUGUCGGCUUUGAUGGCUACUCUGUGCCUCGGGAGGGGUCCACAAGCAAGCAGGUGCCCCCUAGCGAUGCUGAAGGAGACCCGCUGAUGAACAUGCUGAUGAGGCUGCAGGAGGCAGCCAACUACUCCAGCCCCCAGAGCUAUGACAGCGACUCCAACAGCAACAGUCAUCACGACGACAUCCUGGAUUCAUCCUUGGAGUCCACGCUGUGACAAAGGCCCAGCUAACAGAGCCUGCCCACCUCUUCUCCUCACCCCAUUCCACAUGCAUCCUCUACAUCAUCCUGAAGAUGACUUCCUGAGCCAGCCCCCAGCCCGCAACCUCCGAGUUGCAGCAGUUUCAAGACCCUUCAUCCCUCAGUAUCCCAGGCCAACCGCCCCCGGGACCAUUUCCUCCCACAGCGAGAACUGCACUAGCUCCCAUUUUACUUUCGUUCUUGUUUGCCUUGUUGCUGUGACCUCCCUAAGACACUGAAGAUACUUCUCGGGAAAGGAACAUCACUGAUGAAAUGAAAAAAGAAAUGGAAUGAAGGGUUUUGGUUUUGUUUUUUGUUUUUUUUUUAAGAAUCCACUCGGGGCACUGAAACCAAACAGCAUCCUACCAAGAGCUUCCAGAAGACUGAAACAAAGUUGGAAAUGAAGACAGCAUGGCUUCCCCUCAGCUCAGACCCUCUAGCCUGGAUCUCAAGACCAGCACCUCACAAUCACACCUUUAUGCACAGAAGAACUGGUGCUUACGAGGGCAUUGGCCUUGGACACUCUCGACAUAAUGCAGAGCUGUGCCCUAGAGAAACCUUAAGAGAAAAUACAUCGUGCUUUUCUGUUUUUAUAAAUGGUGCUCUCCUUCCCUGAGAGGCAUUUUACCUGUUCCAAUUCAGUCCCCACUCUCGGGCCCCAUCAGCCCGGGAUGAUCAGUGAGAAUGCGUGAACAAGUGAGAAUGUGAGUGAGUGAGCUGCUUCUGUUUCCUUGAUUAUGUCUAAAUGAAUCAAAUUUUGUUUCUGCAAACACUGUGUGUAGUGAAAACAGUUCUUCUGGCGAGAACUGCUUACCCCUUUAAAAUAGAGUUGAGUCCCCUCCUUUCUGACUCAUUGCUUUUGAAGACCUUCCCACCCCUCCACCCUCUAAUCCCCACCUUGAUCAGAAUCAAUCCUUUGGUGAAAGUAAGAGCCCUAGGAGUUGAGUUUUGGUUUGGUCCUGGUAAGUUUUGGUUUAGUUGUCCAUCUUCUCAGUCCUACACCCUCCCCUCCUCUUGCUGGGGCCAGGGAUAUUUGUGUCCUUUCAAAUGGAUGAGGACUGGUCCUCAUGUGGGUGAGCCACAGACCUUGCCUUUCCUUCUCGUCUUUUGAGGGCUGAGAACGCACUUGGCCUCAAGCUCCUCAGCCCCAGUUUUAGGCGGGGUGGUGAGGUCACCUUGCAAAAGACUUGCACUUUCUUCAGAACCAACAUGGCGCAGCUCAGUAAGGGAGGGUGGCCAUUCCCUCCCGGAAGUCCAGCCCUGCCCUCCGUCCUGACGAGCCUUGCCUGACCUCUUCGGUGCUGACCUUCCCAAAGCGAUGCCUUACUGGUUUUGUACUCACCGUGUUCAUUCACAUGAGUGUUGUGCCUGCCUGGGGUGUGUGUGUGUGUGUGUGUGUGUGUGUGUGUGUGUGUGUAUGUGUGUUAUGUUUUCCCCAUCAAAGCAAACAGGGCUAAAAAGUCAUCUGUUCAUAAGAACUCAAGUUGUUGCUGUGAUUUCUCAUCCAAAAGAUUCAUCUGUGCGGAUGCGUGACCAUGGGAAAAAGAAAAAGGAAAAAAAAAAAAGACUUUUUUUUUUUUUUUAAGUUUUUGUCAUUUCUCCAGCUAACUACCUGACUGGACAGUAAUGUGUCUCAUGCAGGAAAAGGCAAAAGUUCCUACAAAUCCACAUGACCCAUUGCCCUAAUAGAAACCCAAUCUGCUGUGUCUUCAACAUUCUGGUGUUUGCUUUACUGAGUGUAUACACCUUUCAGUUGUUUAUUUCUGUUUUCUAAAGAGAAUCUUUAUCGGGCCCUAGUGAGGGAGUCUGUUAAUGAUCAGGGUUUUUUAUUCUAUCCGUUGAAUUUUCCAUUUCUGAAGAUUUGUCUCCGCAUUUUUAUUUCUUAGCAUAAGAGCUUGACCUGAAACUGCCCACCCCACUGGGAAUGGCACCAAAUCCUCCCUCUGAAAGGAACCCAGGAUGUGUCUCCUUAAGUGGUGAAUAGAAAACCAUUCAAUACGGCCCCCAGCUCAAAUUGUGAACUCACUCUCCAGCUCAGCUUUCAUGACUCACCUGGGUGUGAGUGUGUCUUGUUCUGUUUUGGUUUUUAAUACAAUUCUUAAGGCAUAUAGUUAGCCUAUGACUGGAGGGACCACACCCAAAGCCUUCAGGUAACCCCACAGCGUGGCUCAGUCUGUCUCCCAGCCAUGACCUUACCCCCUCAUACUGUGAAUUUGGGAGGAGGUAAAAUUGACUUCCUUGUGGGCAGUUUUUUUCCAGUCCCCUUUUGACUGCCAAUAGUGUUUGAUUUUUUUUUUUUUUUUGUAAUGAUAUCCUUCCCUCUCCCAAUUCCCAGACUUCUUCCCCCUGGGUCCUGGUGCUUCCUGAUAGGUGAACAGUGACUCAGACAGCAUAGUCCUGUGUCAAACACAGCUCAGCUUCCUUCCUAAGGUUUUAGGGAGCAGGGUUGCCUAAUAUGCCUGUUUUUUAUUUGACCAUAUUUUUUUUUCUUUAGUGUCACUCAUCUUUGACAAAGUGACUCUGUACUCAUUUAGAGUUCUGUUUGAAAUGCUUCCAUUUGCCUUUUUCUACAGUUAGGCUAAUGUUGAAAUGUAUGAAAUUCUAUGCAACAUUUAUGUGGCGUUACUGAUGGAAGCCAAAAGUUGUUGUUGUUGUUGUUUUUCUCUCUCUCCUUUCCCCAAACUGCCAACAAUUAUACAGGCCAUAAAUGAGAUGGGGAAAGAUCUUUUUAAUUUUAGGGUUGGGGGUGGGGUAGGGGUAGAACAAGGAAGAAGACUUGCCUAGACCUUCGUUGUGUCUUGAAGACAUUUUUUUAUUUCUUCAAAAUUCUGUGCAUCCAAAUUUGAUGGAGGCAAAUCUACUUCAAAAGGAAAAAUAAUCCAACUUCAUUGAUAUUGAAUGGAAGGUUUGCUGUUUUGACCUAGUUGUUUCCAGUGGAGCAGUUUAUGAAAUAUGUUCUAUAAGAUGUACAUUUUUCAUUGUAACAUAGAAAUUGUAAAUAAUUGAUUAAAGUGCUGCAUUUUGAUGAAUUUUUUCUAGCCAUUUUUAAAGAGAAAACUAGGAAUUGAGUAUUUUGUGUACGGUAUGUCUCCAUCUUCCCUCCCCUUCUUCCCACCUUCCCUUCCUUCCUAUUUAAUUUUCAUUGGUCAUGAGGUUUUGGAUUUGCCAAUGGUCUGCUGGAGAUCAUGCCCCACUUCAUAGAGAAUAAAGCUGAUGAUUGUACCAGUCUUAAAUUAUUCAUGAUUCAAUAAAAUUGAUGCUUAUUUAUUCA